GCCAUCACAGAGAGCCAUACUGAUGGGAUAUCAGGUGUACAGCCUGAAGCUGAAGUGAGAAUGGAUAUAACGCGGCUAGCCGUUGAAGCAGCACUGAGCAGAAAAGAAAGAAACAACGAGGGGUUCCCUGACUUGAACAAUAUCACUGAGUUCCCUUUGCUGAAUACAUUGAAUCCAGAAGACAAGAAGAGAAGCCUGGUCAACGUUUGUAACCUUAAGAACCAUGUGACUAUAAUAGAAGAAAGAACAGAAAUGAUGCAGCAUCCACAUAAGAAAGUAGAAAAGGAAGAGAGAAAAACAACACAGAUAAAAGAAAUAGAAAAUGCUGACAGUAUUAAAGAGGGAGUUUGCAACCUGGAGUUGAACAGAAAAAGUUUUCAAACAAACCUUGAAGAAAAACAGGCAAUAAAUUCCCCAAAAGAUCAAAGAAUUGUUUUAGCACUUCCAAUUGCCGAAGAAGAGUUGCAAGAAACAAACCAAAUUUACAAAGAGCUUGGAAUAAAAAUGUCCGUCUACUUCGCGACUAAACCAGGGAUCAGCAGCCCAUCCAGUGGUCAUGAUGUGGUUUCAGAUGUGUCUCAAUAUGCUAUUAUGAUCCCUGGCAUGCAGGAACUUAAGGAGUUUGGUGAGUCUAUCCAUGGUGUCGACAGUGAUAUUGCUGCAGCUGUAGCCUCAGUUGUGGAGGUCACCUUAUCUAGUCAUUCAGAGGAUGAUGGCACAGUGGAUGUUGAACAGUAUGAGGACAUUGACUAA